AUGAAUCACGAUUACGUUUGGCCUGUGAAUGGGCCAUCUCAGGCAUCCGAUGGAUUGCACGGUAAUAUGCUGCCCUCGGGUCUGAUGGCCCAGCCGCCUUCCAAUGGCCAACGCGGCUCGUGGGCAUCCAGUCAGGCGUCGGGUCACUCCUCCCGCCUCAGUGGACUCUACGUCCAGACGCAGAAACGGAGACCGGCUCACUCCUGUGGGUUGCCCAGUCCAGCACCAACCGCUCCUGCAGCAUCGCCGCCCCACUGGCCGAAUCACGAUGCCUCGUCCGUCGCCGGAUCGUGGGCUCCAACCAGCCCAAUAAGCCCGGCUGUUGGCGAACCAGCGGCUGUCGGUUUCCACAGCCAGUUACUGUACCCCCCCAACACCACAACACAAGUUAUCUUUGAUGCCGGUUUCCAAGACUGGGUUGGGAGUACCGGCUUCCCGCUGAGCUUCGAACCUACCUACUCGGAGGGUCCUACGGACACGUCGGUCCCCAAUGGACUGGCGCCCGACUUCACCACCCCGUGGCCUGGCCAGACCACCGAUCCGAGCAGGCCAAAUGGGCAUCUCCUAGCCCAGGCGUUUAACCUUGCUCACCCACCCAACCCAACCACAGCUGUUGAGCAUAUUUCCCCCGGCAGCACCGAAACCUUCAAGCAGACAAACACCCCGCAACCGCACCCAUACCCCCCUUGCAAACGUCCUCUCUCUCGCUCCCAGCAGCGACAACAAGCCCACAAAAGAACAAAACCCUCCCCCUCCCACGACGACAGCUUCCCACCAGCUACAGACAAAAAAACCAAAACCAACCCACACCCUUCGACAGACCCUGAAACCCCGACUUCGGCAAAAGGCACAACUCUCCGCACCGCCGCCCGCCGCGUUAAACGACCUACCCCCUCCCUCAAACCGGGCGAGUCCCCCGCCCACCAGCGUGCCCGCACCAACCACAACCUAGUGGAACAGCAGUACCGACAUCGGCUACACGCGCGGUUCGAGGCGCUGCUGGAUGUCUUGCCGGAGGGGAUUUUAGGUGACGAGGAUGAACACCACGAGAGUCCUUCGACGGGGGCUGAUGGUGGGACUUGCAGGAGCGCGGGUGGUGGCGCUGUCAAAGGGAAAAAUAAUCGGCGGGUGAGCAAGGUGGAUGUGUUGAGCAAGGCGCAGAGGGUUAUUGAGUUUCUACAGGGGGAUACAGAGCGGAUGAGGAGGGAGAUAGAAGACCUGAGGAGGGAGAGGGAAGCGGUGUUCCAUGCCGGGAUGGUGCGGACGCGGGGAAGAGGUUAG